AUGGGGAACAAGGCGCGGUUGACGUGUGAGCGAUGCGCGGUGGCGUUCAAGAAGACGAGCGGCGGGUCGGUGAGAUUUUGUAAGACGUGCGCGGCGACGGCUGGAGCGCUCGAGUCGGCGGACGACGGCGCGUUGAUCGGAUUUGCUCGCGAUGACGUCGUCGGUGGUUGCGCAGACGAAAACAACGACGAGUCCAUGCGUCGCGCCGCGCGCGUUGGCGCCGGUGGCGUCGGAAAAAAGAAGAAAAAGGCGAAGAAGAAGGCGGCGAGCGGGCCAAACGUGAGGUCGGAUCCUAUGUGUUUGGAGAUUUUGGAUCGACUUGACGCGUCGUGCGUGCUAAUCGACGACACUAACGCAGAUACGGUGCUGAAGACGUGCGUGGAGGCGAUGCGAGAGGCGGACGUCGUUGCAGUAGACUGUGAAGGUGUCAUGAUGUCUCGCACGGGACCCAUCACGGUGCUCCAGUGCGCGACGCGAGAUAAAAUUUAUUUGAUCGAUAUCCAAGCUCUUGGCGUUAAGGCGUUCGGCGCGCGCGGCUCUGGUGGGAUGCGCGAUCUACUGGAAUCUCGCGAAGCGCCGUUGAAGCUGAUGUUCGAUUGUAGGAUGGAUUCAGACGCUCUGUUUCAUCAGUACGACGUGCGGUUGGAAAACGUCAUGGACGUCCAAAUCUUAGAUUUGGCAACCAGAAGAGCGCUCGGGCUGAUGAUCGAUCGCGUGGCGGGAAUCGCAAAGUGCACGGACAAACAUCUCACCGAAGCCGAGACCGCGGUCGCGGCCGAUCUGAAGGUGCGAGUGAGGAAGCUGUACGCAGUGGAGGAGUCUCAGCUGUGGGCGGAACGACCGCUAACCGAGGAUGCGCGUCGAUACGCCGCCCUCGACGUGUGGUUGCUCAUCAAACUGUACGAUAAAAUGAAGUUCGACCUGAGAGACGAUAAAGAUGAUUGGACCUCUCGCUCGCUCAAGGAGUCAGCCCGGCGCGUCUUGGAAUUCAGAGAGCUUGAGGUCGCGAUUCGCCAGGGAGUCUUUACGGAAGAAUCGACGGUGGCGCCGACGUUUUGA